CGCCCGCAGUGCUCCAGGUGCCGGCGCGGGGGGCCAUGCCGUGCCGGAGGGAGGAGGAAGAGGAAGCCGGCGAGGAAGCGGAGGGGGAGGAAGAGGAGGAGGACAGCUUCCUCCUGCUGGAGCAGUCGGUGACGCUGGGGAGCUCGGGCGAGGUGGACCGGCUGGUGGCCCAGAUCGGCGAGACGCUGCAGCUGGACGCCGCGCAGGACAGCCCGGCCUCCCCGUGCGCGCCCCCGGGAGCACCGCUGCGGCCCCCGGCGGCGGUGCCGGCGGACAAGGCCCGGGCCCCGGCGGUGCCGCUGCUGCUGCCGCCCGCGUCGGCCGAGGCUGUGGGCCCGGCGCCCCCAGGGGCUCUACGCUGCGCCCUUGGGGACCGCGGGCGCGUGCGGGGCCGGGCUGCGCCCUACUGCGUGGCCGAGCUCGACGCAGGCCCCACCGCACUGCCCGGGCCGUGCCGGCGAGGGUGGCUCCGGGGCGCCGUCGCCUCCCGGCGCCUGCAGCAGCGACGAUGGACCCAAGCCGGGGCACGCGACGACGACCCUCACCGACUCCUGCAGCAGCUCGUGCUUUCGGGAAACCUCAUCAAGGAGGCCGUGCGGAGGCUCCAACGAGCCGUCGCCGCGGUUACAGCCACUGGCCCCGUGGGCGCCCCUGGGUCUGGGGGAGGCCACAGCGGACCGGACCCCGUUGCCUUGGAGCCCUCAGGCGCCUUCCUUUGACCGGAACCCGCUGGAGGAGGAACAGGAGGCCGCUGCGCAGACCCAGCAUUGUCCUGUUCCCACCACCCCUGAGCUGAAGCCGCCGUCGCUAUCCUGGGAGCGACCACCUAGGCUGCGGGGAGGCGCGUGGAGAGAGAUCUAAAGCUGAGAAGUUACCGACCCCGGUGAGGCUGUCGGAGAAAACUUAAGCGUGAAGAAAUGCUUGAGCCAGGGCGCGCCUGUGCUGCGUGAGAAUUUCCCCCGCCAUCGGGGCCAAGGACCUGGGAUAAAGUGGGAGAACUGUGGCAGCUAGCUACUUGCAUCGACUUGUACCUGACUUAGCUCUUGGGGGCGUCGUGAGCUUGGAUUGUUAGAAGAUGGGGCUCGACGGGGUGGGAGUCGCGAGAGCUUUAUAACAAUACUUGAAAACUAACGACACACAUACAUUUGCUUCUUGUUUUCCGGUGGAGGAACUUGGUGAACGUGGUGCUACAGUUGCUGGGCAAAGAAAUUCCGGGGGGCAAGAAGAAUGCAAAAGCUUGGCUGUGGGUGGGUUGGCAUCACCCCCUUUCUCCCACCUGAUGGGGGGCUGGUGAAGGUGGGAGAUGUGAACUCUGGUUAGGGGACUGGAGGGAGGUGGAGAAUGUUGGAGGUGGAAGAGUUGGAUUUGACUGUGGACUUUCAAAUGACUUGACCUUGCCACCUGUGGUUCAAGGUUAUGGUUUGCUGUAGGUGGAAGGAUUUGGGGGUUCCUGGGAGAGCUAACUCACCCUGGGUGUUUAUUCUCUUGCUCCAAGAGAAUAACUCACCCUGGAUGUUUAUUCUCUUGCCCUGUUUGUGCUUCGCUACAGCUUGGAGUCUCCCGGGGACACGCAGAGGGACGUGUGGAGAGAGUUAUUUGCUUUUUCUGUGUUUUCCUCUUUCCAGAACUGCUCCUUCUGCUGCAGAGCCACUCUUGGCCAUGUCAGGAGCUUUCUCAGAAACGGUCAUAAACAAUCUCUCUUGAGUCUCUCCCUGUCCUCCUAGUCAGCCUUUCUUAUUCCGCCCUUUCUGGUGUCUGUAGGGAUGGAUGAGAGACCCUGGACAUUUUUCUGGUCUGUUCUGGCCCUCCCUGGAACUGUGGGCCUGAGCCUCUGUGGGUCCUCACCUGCACAGUUUUUCUCCUGCGGUGCCAGCUUUUCUUUGUGAGCCACUGAAACUGUCUUUAAAAUGUGAUUCUCCCAGAGGAGAAACCGCUGGCUUUACCCUUGUGAAACUUGACGGCACUUUAGUAAGGUGCCACCCCCCAGACAUUAAGGUAGCUAAACCAAUUUUUUAAAGAUUCAAUGGCUUGUUCAUCCUCCAGAUGUUAGCUGUUGACGUACACUUCGCAACGGAGUGUCUGAAAUCGUGAUGGUCCUGAUUUAUAGGAUUUCUUUAUUAAAAUGUCUGCUGAAUAAAUUUGGUUUUUGUUUUGGA